CAUUAGCCACCCCACCCACACCCACCCAAGCCCCACUCACAUUCCACACACACAAACACAAUAAGAGUGUCUUUCUCAUUCUCCUCUUCCUGCUUUUGCUCCUCCUCCUCUUUAAGAAUUAAGACUCCUUUGGUUUUCAAACCCAUAUAUCCAUUCGUUUGAUUAGCUUCUCCAUAUCUCACGCACAAGAAGAAAAUCAAGAUAGCUAAAUGGGUUUGGAUGAUGGGUGCAACACAGGGCUUGUUCUUGGGUUAGGCUUCAGUCCAACGUCUUCUACUACACCCAAGAUUAUGAAGCAUUCAGUGUCCCUCAAGUUUGAUGAAAUUGAACCGUCUCUGACUCUGGGCCUAUCCGGUGAUCAUCGUCAGAUUGGAACCAGAAAGAAUAAGAAUAAUAAUAAUAAUAAUAAUAUGAUCCUUGAAGAGUCUAGUAAUGGUGACUUGUACCGUCAAACUUCUUCACCUCAUAGCACUAGUGCUGUUUCGUCGUUCUCGGUCAAGAGGGAGAGAGACCUUAGCAGUGAAGAGACAGAGAUCGAGAUCGAGACCGAAAGGGUUUCUUCCAGAGUUAGUGACGAGGAUGAAGAUGGUAGUAAUGCGAGAAAGAAACUUAGGCUCACCAAAGAACAAUCUGCUCUCUUAGAGGAAAGCUUUAAGCAACACAGCACUCUCAAUCCUAAACAGAAGCAGGCUUUGUCAAGGCAGUUGAAUCUACGGCAACGACAAGUUGAAGUGUGGUUCCAAAACAGGAGAGCCAGGACAAAGCUGAAGCAAACAGAGGUGGAUUGCGAGUUGUUGAAGAAGUGCUGCGAGACGCUGACUGACGAGAACAGAAGGCUACAAAAGGAGCUCCAAGAGCUUAAAGCACUCAAACUGCCACAACCCUGUUACAUGCACACGCCGGCGGCCACUCUCACCAUCUGCCCUUCUUGUGAAAGACUCGCCGGUGCCGACCACGGGGGCGCAACCAAGGCUCCAAAGCCUCGCUUCUACAAUCCCUUCACUAAUCCUUCCGCAGCUUGUUGAAAUUAACUUGAAAUUCAAUUACAAGAUUAAAUUAGAAACAUAAAGAAAAAAAAAUAUAUAUAUAUAUAGAUUCUCAGGAUCGAUCCCUCUAUUUUUUGGUUAGGGGUUAAAUAUUGUAUUAGCUAGUGUAAUUAUUUAAUUUGUAGAAAUUAAUAUAGCUAGUAAUUAUGUA